GCUUGCAAUGCUGCAUGUUUGUGUUUUUUUUUUUGUGGUCCAAGCGUAAAUAAUAAAUAAAUAAAUUGUUAGCAUGUCCAGCAGCACAAAAUCAAAUGAUUUGGAAGCAAAUCCAGCGCCCGAUCCUCAAGCGCCCAUAACGCGUAAAGGCUUCCUCAUAUCAUUAAAGAACAGCGGCACUCCGAUGCCGAUUCCAGAGCAAAAUGUCUAUGGACGUUGUCGACCCGUAUCGGAGUUUGAAAAGCUCAAUCGCGUGGGCGAAGGCAGCUAUGGCAUUGUUUAUAGAGCUCGUGACUCCAGUAAUGGCGAAAUUGUGGCCCUGAAACGGGUACGCAUGGAUCAGGAGAAGGAUGGGCUGCCGGUCAGUGGACUACGUGAAAUCAUGAUAUUGAAGCGUUGUCAACACGAAAACAUUGUGCGCCUCCGAGAAGUUGUUGUAGGCAAGAGCCUGGACAGCAUUUUUCUUGUCAUGGACUUCUGUGAGCAGGACUUGGCCUCAGUGCUGGACAAUAUGUCAAAGCCUUUCACCGAAUCCGAAGUCAAGUGCAUCACACUUCAGGUGCUGCGAGCUUUAAAGUACAUGCAUUCCCGCUACAUCAUCCACCGCGACCUGAAGGUUUCCAAUCUGCUGAUGACGGACAAGGGCUGCAUAAAAGUGGCUGACUUUGGGUUGGCCCGUUUAUAUGGCCACCCGGCAAAGCCAAUGACCCCACAAAUGGUCACGUUAUGGUAUCGUGCUCCAGAGCUUCUCCUGGGCGCCCGAACGCACACGACAGCUGUGGACAUGUGGGCCUUUGGCUGCAUUCUGGGCGAACUAUUACUGGGAAAACCGUUGCUACCCGGAAACUCGGAAAUAGCCCAACUGAAUAUGAUUAUUGAUCUGCUCGGUGCGCCGUCGGAAUCGAUUUGGCCGGGCUUCCAGGAUCUGCCCGCUGUGCAGAACUUUACGCUUAGUGUACAACCUUACAACAAUUUAAAGACCAAAUUCCAUAUGAUCGGUCAAUCGGGCAGAAGUCUUCUUAACAUAUUAUUCUACUACAAUCCCAGUACAAGAGCCACCGCCGAAGAGUGCCUGACCAGCAAAUAUUUUACAGAGGCGCCGCAACCUUGUGAUCCCCGAAUGAUGCCCACUUUUCCGCAACAUCGAAAUAAUGUUGCGCCAGUUCAACCAGCAACGGCAUCAACUGAUAUUCCAAUUUCCCAUUUACUGGAUGUGUUUAUAAAAAAGGCAGCGCUUAGAAUAAACUAAUUAUACAAAAACAAAAA